GCACAUAAUUGCGUGCAGCUGCCACUCUGUAAUGUCGUUCAAUCCAGUGUGCACGUCCUACAGUAGCUCGCAUUUUGUUAUUUUUCACUGAGGUUCACUUUUACAGAAGAGAUGCACAUCAAAGUACACAAAAUAGAUGGCACACUAAAUCACGUGUGGACUUACACUAGCAUGAGUUAGAAUCAAUUGCAAUUAGGAGGAAAAAAGUUUCUUUUGAUGUCCUCUGGGAUAAAAUGUCACAACCACGUCAGAGCACCCUACCCAGCCUCAACCUAAGCGAGGGGAAUCCUUUAACAAGCCUCACCCUGGUGGUCCUGCUGCUCAUCCCAGCCGUGGUCCUGCUGCUCCUGCUCAACUGCCUCUUCCUAGGCUACAAACUCUUCCUUUUCUCCAAGGCGAGGCCUCGGCCGCUGCACCGAGAGGACGCAGAUGACUUCCUGCUGCUAGAGUCCGCUGUGCAGCGAGCCCGGAGGUCGCCCGAGGUGGAAGUGUUCUCCGCCCGGAGGUCGCCCGAGGUGGAAGUGUUCUCCACCCGGAGGGCGUUCAUGUCACUGUCCGAACCCGCUCUGCCUCAACCGCCGGUUACGUCCUCCAGGGCUUCUUCGUCAACCAAGGAGAGGUUUUGGCUGCUGAGGAGGACGGGGUCCGGGUCUUUGUGGGCCCCCAGUAGCAUCCGGGCUGCAGCGCCGUCUACGUCGUCCUCCUACUGGGCGGCGAGAUCCAGUAAGCCCGAGGGGCGACAUAGCGCGCCGGUGCUUCCUCAGUCCAGCGACUCUGAGGUCGACACUCGAGGAAACCUUGUUCCCCCCAACUCCCCUACGUGUGUUUAUAGGGAAGCGGAGCACACGGACGGCAUCAGUCAGAGCAGCAUGUACCGAAUGCUGACGGAAUGGAACCUGGGAGCACUACACCCAUUGGACAACGCGCACAUGGAGUGGGAGUCCUAUAUCCACCCACCUUCAGACGGCUCUUGCUCCAACACAUCUGGGCUGGAUAGCGACUUUGGUGCUAGUGCAGGUGUGUCCUUGCGGAUUUUAUCAGCGGACAGCGAUGGCUUGUCCACCGGCGUGCUGGCAUCAGGGUUGGAGUGGGACUACUACGAUCCGUGCUACGUCAAACAGAACCACGUGCCCAAACAGCACCCCCGACCUCUCAUGCACACCAAACAGUACUGGAUUAAGGUUUCAUGGAAAGUACAACUGACCCGAGCUACAAGCGAACAUGGAGCACAACACAAAAAGAGGAAUGCGUCAUCACACGUUACUCAAAGCUGGAGAGGAAGUUGAGGACAAUCUGCUUUAGCUUGGCAUCGGAGGCCUCGGAAAUUUUGCCGUCAGCCCUGCAAGGAGGAAGAUCACAAAAAUGAGUAUGUCAUUUAAAGAGGCACAAUUUUCUUCAGUUUAUCGAACAGCUUUGCUGAAUCCAAAUAUGUAACAAUUGUGCUCGAAAGUACACAAAUGAAACCUAAUGCAAUCCUUUACUCAAUUAAAAGCACUAAGCAACAUUUCACUUAUCUCCAUAGAUGGUGCAUAUGGGCCAAUAAAGUGUUCUUUAUUCCUCUUAGAUCGCCACACUGUGCUUUAUA